GAACUGCGAUGUAUAAUUUUGACAGAGACACAAAAAACCCUAAAACUUGAUGCUCAGAUUCAGGUUCUAUUUUUGAGACGAGGUCGUUGAUUGAUAUGACCAACAGCUCAUCUUCGAAAAAGCACGGUCAAGAUCAGCCUGAAUUAAGUGGUCCUACCCCCAAAUCCCAGCGAACCAAAAUGGGCAAAUCCGAAGACAACGAUAAGAAGAACUUGGGUAAGAAACUCAAAGAUGUAGAAAUAAACAUUCCAAUCGUGUAUGGGAACAUAGCAUUUUGGCUUGGCAAAAAGGCCAGCGAGUAUCAGUCACAUAAAUGGACAGUAUAUGUCCGUGGAGCAUCCAAUGAAGAUCUUGGGGCGAUAAUAAAGCGUGCUGUUUUUCAGUUGCAUUCUAGUUUCAAUAAUCCCACCCGUGUUGUGGAGGCGCCACCUUUUGAAUUGUCGGAGGCCGGAUGGGGGGAAUUUGAAGUUGCCAUCACACUUUAUUUCCACAGUGAUGUUUGUGACAAACCUUUGAACUUAUAUCAUCACUUGAAGUUGUAUCCAGAGGAUGAAAACAGUUCCAUGUCCACAAAGAAGCCUGUUGUUGUGGAGUUUUAUGAUGAAGUUUUCCCUGAUCCUUCCGAGGCUUUCUUAGCUCGUAUGCAAGGUCAUCCAGCUGUGAACUUGCCAAGAUUACCUGCUGGGCUCACCUUACCUCCUCCCAUACCUGUUGAGGAUGCAAGUAAAAGAAGAAAAGGUGAUACCAAAGAUCAUUCCUUAAGUCAAUGGUUUACAAAUUUCUCGGAAGCAGAUGAGCUCUUACAGCUUGCAGCAGCUCGUCAGCAGGUUCAAGCUCAUAUUGCUAAACUCAGACGACAGAUAAGCUUGAUAGAUGGACAGCAUCAGCAGUUUAAAUCUACUUCUGAGCAGUAGAAGUACAAUUAGGAUCUUUGAGGUUUAUAUGCUUCUAAAGUUCUAAUCAGCUAAUUGUUUCUUCAGCUGUAUUGUAACUUAUUUCAGUUUUUGUCAGCAGUGUUGUAAUUUAAGAGUAGUGUACCUUUUACCAAUAAUCAUAAGCGGCCAAAUGUGUAUUAUUUAAUCAUAAAAGAUUAAAUAGUGUAGUCUUUAUUAUAUUCAAUAUAGCUAUCAAAUUUAGA